CGCGAGAUAAAGAUGGCGGCGACGGUGGAGGAAACAGCGUGAUAUGCUGAAGUAGUGGCACUGAACCCGAGUAAUACCACUGUGUGACAAACCAUCGCAAAAUGGAAAGCAUGUCGCAGUAGGUGUUUACUGGUAAUACCAAGUACUACAAACUCACCUUAUCCCCCCUUUCCCCCGCGAGAGUAUUCAUCCUGUGAUUGAGGAGAAAUCACCGGGAGCAUGGCUUCUGCGCAGAGUAAUCAGUACAUCUUCGGGGAGUUCAGCCCAGAUGAGUUCAAUCAGUUCUUUGUGACUCCCCGCUGUUAUGUUGAGCUUCCCCCUUUCAAUGAUAAAGUCUCCUGCGUCAGUCAUCCCUCAGGAGGUUACUGCACUCCUGCUGUGCCUUACAUAACGGAAUCUUUGAGACGGCAGGUUUGCGGAGAGGACUACCAGCAUAUCGAGUUUGGCGUGGAUGAGGUAAUGAGUGCGGAGCCAGUUGCAGUGAAAGACUCGCUGUACAAAGUGUCUAGCACACUUAAUCCUCAGGCCCCUGAGUUUAUCUUAGGCUGUCAACCAUCUCAGAAGGCCUUUCCCGCUGAAAGACCGGUUGCCGAUAUCCCUGAUGGUGCAGACUUCAACUCCCUGUGCUGCGCUAACUCCGAGACCUCAAUCCUGGGCGGCCAUCAGGCUUGCUCAGACAUGGAUGGGGUUUCGGGUGGCUUGGGACAACGAAAGAAAAAGAAAAAACGGCCACCGGGAUACUACAACUAUUUGGAAGGUUCCAACAGUAACAGCACUGGUGUGGCCACAGGUGGCAUGGGGGGGUCAGGGCUGGUAAACGGACACACUCCAAAUGCUUCGGGCAUAGAGGACAUGGUGGGGGAUGUGCUAGCGGGAACUGAGCUCAUUCCCCCAGCUCCUGUAACAUCCACCACAUCGACAGCCCAACACGCCCCUCCUUCCCAUCAAAGGACUUGUGAUAGCCCUGACAAUUCAACAUUUGACUUGACGAGUGGAGCUGCCUCUUUGUCAGACAGAAACGGCGCAACUUCUUUGUCUUCAUCUUCGUCCUCUCAAAGCAGUGGGGUGUCACUGAGUACCAGGACUGCAGAGCAGCAUGCAGAACCCCCAUCUCUAGAGAGCCCAGAACUCUUGGGUAAUGGAGGGCACAGCCCUUCUCCACCAUCUCCAAUUCCCACCUCUGCUGCUGUGGCCAGCCCCACUGCCACCACAAUUCCUGCUACUACUGAUGAGGGGGCGGCCGAGGGUUCAGGUGAGGCUAACGGACUGCUGGAGAUGGUCCCGGCUGCUGGAACCACAGACAGACUCCGAGACUCGUCUGAAACAGGCGAGGAGCAGUCCGCCGCCUCUUUCACCCCUCUCCCCUUAGACUCUGAAGUCCAGCAGGUAGUCUCGGCCGCUACCCCUGCAGCACCUGUGCCCAACCCUCCAAAAUCCUGGGCCAGCCUAUUCCACAAUUCCAAACCUCUGCCUGGAUGUCCUCAGGCUUAUGUUGAGGUGAAGAGCGCGCCUACUGUGGUUGAGCUCACUCCGGCUGCCUCAGAGUUGCCCGAGAAGGCCAGUGAAGUGCGCGAGGGCCCUGUCCCUGUGUCCGAAGACCCUAUGGCCCCAAAAUUGGCAGAACUAAUCGAGAAUGUGAAGUUGAUACACAAACCAGUGUCUUUGCAACCAAGAGGACUGAUAAACAAGGGAAACUGGUGCUAUAUCAAUGCUACCCUGCAGGCCCUGAUUGCGUGCCCCCCCAUGUAUCAUCUGAUGAAGUCUAUUCACCUUUUCAGUGAGACGCAGAGACCCUGCACGUCCACACCUAUGAUGGAUAACUUUGUCCGACUUGUGAAUGAGUUCAGCAAUAUGCCUGUCCCUUCCAAGCCCAAACAGCAAGCUGCUGGAGAGAAGACAGUGAAAGAUAUUAGACCGGGUGUUCCUUUUGAGCCCACAUAUAUCUACAAACUCCUCACCCUCAUCAAAUCAAGCCUUUCUGAGAAGGGUCGCCAGGAGGAUGCGGAGGAGUACCUUGGUUUCAUACUAAACGGACUGCAUGAGGAAAUGUUGGCACUGAAGAAGCUUAUCUGCCCACAAGAAGAGAAAGCCCCCACACCAAACGGGCCUGAGUCUCAGCCAAGUGUGGAGGAAGACUCUGCUGAGAAAGAGGAAGAGGGCAGUGAGGAUGAGUGGGAACAAGUUGGACCCAGAAACAAAACCUCCAUCACUCGUCAGGCAGACUUCAUCCGCACUCCCAUCACAGACAUAUUUGGCGGCCACAUCAGAUCUGUGGUAUACCAGCAGAGCUCAAAAGAAUCUGCCACCCUGCAGCCCUUCUUCACGCUGCAGCUGGACAUCCAAUCAGAGAAGGUCCGCACAGUCCAGGAGGCCCUGGAGGUACUGGUGGCACGGGAGUCCGUUCAGGGCUACACCACUAAGAGCAAGCAGGAGAUUGAGAUCAGCCGGAGAAUGACUCUUGAAGAGCUUCCUCCAGUGCUGGUGCUUCACCUCAAGAGAUUUGUCUUUGAGAAGACCGGUGGAUGUCAAAAACUGGUUAAGAAUAUUGAAUACCCUGUUGAUCUGGAGAUCAGUAAAGAUCUCUUGUCACAGGGGGUGCGGAGCAAAACCUUCAAAGGCCAAAGAACCUACAGGCUCUUUGCAGUCGUCUAUCACCAUGGGAACAGUGCCACAGGUGGCCACUACACUACAGAUGUCUUCCACAUUGGUUUGAAUGGCUGGCUGCGCAUUGAUGACCAGGCGGUGAAGAUUAUCAAUCAGCACCAGGUGGUGAAGCAGACUGCAGAGCGUACUGCUUAUCUGCUGUACUACCGUCGAAUGGACCUGCUGUAGAAUCCAUACACGCACAACAUAAAUGCACGCACACACGUUUACAUACAGACAUGCACACAUUCACACACAAACACACCCACACGUGUCUCAACAAGAACACUGCCCAACUUCACAAUUGUCCUUCCUCCCUCAACCCUGCUAUUCCUGAGAGCCAGCUUUUCUGUUUUUUUUUUUUUUUUUUAAAGAGAAAAAGACAACAGAUGUAUCCAAAUACUUUCCCGAAAUGGCAUCCGCCCCUCCACGCACGGUCUGGAAGAGGUUAAGAGAUGAAGUUUUAGCACUGGAGAAGGCUCCAGUUUGGAGAGACAGCCCAGAAACACUGCUAAUGUCCACAGCCUCAUGUUGACUGGCCCAAGUGGACCCUCACCAAAAGAACUCAAACAGGUUGAGGCUGAAAAGUGAUGGACUGCUGGAGAAAAUCAUUCUUUUUUUGUUUUUGUUUAAUCAACUUUUUUAAAUGGCAUAGAGAAAAAUCUGAAGUGUUUUGCCUUUUAGCGAGGGGAGAUGUCGGCAUAAGUUGCAGCAGUUAAGUGGGGCCUGUUAAAUUCUUGACUAGAGAAUAAAUGAGGCCCAGCACCAGCAAGCUACCGAUAUUUGUGUAGAUCUCAAUGUACGAGUUUGUCGACUCCUGAAGCAAGACACUCUACUUCACCACCACAAACAACUUCUCUUUCUCCCCCAUUUCUCUCACAAUCCUGACACUUUCAGAUCUAAAUUACAUGAGUCGUGGGGAAAAUAAGGUAUCAGGCUGGAGAAAGUUGCUGUGGUGUGUUAAAAUGAAAAAAAAAAAAAAAAAUACAGGUUCUCUCUUUGUUUGAGAGAACCUCUGUGUGAUUUUUUUUUUUUGGGUGUAGGGUUAGAAUGACACUUACAAUUUUAAUGCGCUUUAGGAUAUAAAUGAUUAAAAAAAAAAAAGCUUUGUGCAUAUAAAACUGGUCAAUAAAAAUAAGGAUGUGCUUUUUGCACAUUUGUUGCAGAUAUUUAAGUUUUAAAAAGUAUUAUAAAAAGGAAAUGCAAAAAUCUGAAUCUUGGUGGCAGUCACCUUGAGCUCCCUGGGUUGCGCUUGUUCUUUAGGCUUUCUAUGUACUUUGUCACACACACCACACUUUAAUGCUGAUAAGAUACCAAUGAUGUCUGAGAUUCCAUCAUAAACAUUAAAGGAGUAGUUCACCCAAAAAUAACAAUUCUGUUUGGGUCGUUCCAAACCCAUAUUUCAUAUAAGGAACACAAAAGGAGAUAGACCGAAGCAUUCAUUGAACUGUCUUUUGAAUGCAAUGGUAACUGAUGGCGACCCACUUAAUAGUAACUUGUUCGUCAUAUUUGAAGUCUUUUGAAAGCAUACGAUGGGAUUAGGGUUUAGGACUAAAAACAACGCAAGUUCUCAUGUGAACACGUGUGCCUCUUUGAACGAGGUUCUCUUAGUUCUCAUGAAUGCUCAACAUAAAUCAAGUUAUUCACUGAAAAAUUAUUUAAAAUUUAGGCUGUUAUCAUCAAAACCUAUGUAUGCCUUCAGAAGCCUUGGAAUAUUAUGCACAUGUCACAUUGAGUACUUGUGCUUCUUUUGGGUCUUUUUUUUGGCUUUUCAGUGAGUCAAUAUCAACUACCAUUGUGUUAGUCCAGAACAAUUGUAUGGGUUUGGAAUAAAAAUGAGGGUAAAUUAAGUUGACAGUUUAAAUUUUGGGUGAACUAUUCUUUUAACCCACAUUUUGUCACAUUUUUCAUUAGUUCUUCUGUUAGAUCAUUUCUGUACCAUAUGAAUAAGUUUAUCUGCUGGCUGCCUUUUGAUGCCAGUAGAGCAGCAAGAACUGAGCCACUCCUGCAAAGAUUAAAGAGGGAGCAGUCUUGAGACAGAUGCACAAUAUGGUCAGCUUCCCAUUCUGUGUGUUAGCCCGCUCCGAGCAGUCAGCCUGUAAUGUACAUGUUGAGGCUUUGUGUGCAGCUCUGAGGAUAAUACCUCAGAAUGGGUCGCAAAAAAUGUCUCUUAUAGCUAAUGGCUGUGUUGUCAAGAGGUGAGACCCAAUUCUUGCCUAAAUGCAACCACAGAUGCGCACAAACAAUGAAUCAUGUUUGCGUCUGUUUUGGAGACCUUGCAUCAUCAUCAUCAAUAUUAUACCUGAAUGUAUUCAGUUGAUUUUUGAUGUUGUUUUUUUUUUUUUUUGAUUUUUUUUUUUUUUUUUUCAUUCCCUUUAAUUUCUGUUCCAUUUGAUUUGAUGUUUUGAAAGAAAAUGACCCAAGGUUAAAGCACAACAUUGAAUAAAGUUGUACAAGUACUAUGCUUGACCAUAUUUAUUUUAUUUGACUUUUUUUAUUAUUAUUAAAAUUUAUAUUUCCAUACAAUGAAAGUACAAGUGAUCAAGGUAAUUUAUAUCUAUUUAAUAACGAAUGCAGCAAUUUGCUGAACUUGCUCCUACCCCUUUAAAUGAUUAUCAGACCUUUAUCAAAAUUCCCCAGUUCAUUUAAAGGAGUGGUUCACCAACGAAUGAAAAUUCUGCCAUAAUUUAUUCACCCUCAUGCUGUUCCAAACCUGUACCAAACGACAUAAAAUAAAGACAUGUUUCAGUAAAUGUCAUGGUCCAUCUGGUCAAUGCAAUGUCCGUGGAUAGUGUCUCGUUUAAUGCUUAAAGGACCCAAAAGUAUCAUAAAAGUAAUCCAUACGACUCAUGCAUCAAAUUCUAAGUCUUCUUAUAGAAGGUAUAUGACGGUUUUGGUGAGAACCUAAAAUUUAAGUCACAUUUCAGUGCAAAUCUUGAUUUUAGUUGCACCUUUGAGCGAUGAAAGAAGCUCGUUCAUGGUGGCUUGCAUCGUUGUAGUGCGAAAAACCGAGUUCCCAUGUAAAUGUGUGCCACUGUGAAUAAGCUUUUCUCUUGUACUUGUGAACGUCAGAGUUUCACUGGAAAAAUUACUCCAUCUUAUGCCUCAAAGACUUCAAGCAUGAUGCAUAUCGCAUACUUUAAUGUCCUUUUUUUAAGCUACAAAGUGACACUAUCCUCCACCAUUCUGUUGAAAUUACGGCCCACUAUAUUCAGUCUGUUCUGCGUAAGAAAGUCUGGUUUGGAUGGAAUGACAAAAGGGUGACUUGAAGGGUGCCAUAAUGUUCAUAUUCGGGUGAACUUUUCCUUAAUUUUAUUUAUUUUUAUUGAUUCAGGCUUCUCUUAGUAAAUCCAAACUUUCUACACAUGCAAUUAGAUAUGUCACUCCACAUAAGCAUGCACACAAUUUACGAUUGUAAAAAGUGGGGUACAUAGCCUCUGGGAAGGGAUACUUUGUGCUGAGCGCUUCACACAGUCCUGCCUCUGACCACCAGUUAGAUUAGUAAGACUCUUCAUUCCCACAGCUGGAAUAAAUAAGCAUCAGUUUCACAUCCAUCUGAAUAAGCUUAUUUUAUCCUAGUGGCACUUGAACGCAGUUUAAAUCUUCCACCAAAUCAGUAUAAUCCUGAAAUGUCAGACUUUGACAGUAUACAUAAGAGGUUGAUUUUUUUUUUUUUUUUUUUUCUUCUUCUGUUCAGUUCUUUAUGUAAUUACAAAUGCAAAGUAAUAUUUUACCCAUGUGUCCUUCUGAACUUUAAUUUGGUUAUUUGAAUCCACAGGACACAAGGAGUGUGUCCCCACCCCACCAAGUGAAACCAAAGGACAUAACUUGAAUUAACAGACACUGUUGCCUCUGAUAAUUGCUCUAAGAUAAAAUGUAAAAGUAUUUUUCCCCCCAGACCUUGAUGUCUUCAUACAUUAUACAUUAUACACCACUAAAUAAGUUGACCUAUGCUUAUCAUUAUGAAGAGGAACAUUCAGAAAAUCACUUUUCCUAAGUGUUAGUUAAAAUGUGUUGACUUUAUUUGGUCAUAUCUGAUGCACUCAUGUCUUGUUACUCUCCUCUGUUUCAAGGUGAAGAUCUGAAGGUUUUUCUUGUAUUAGUUCCACCGUUGAGACCGUUUCUUUCUCUUAUUUCAGAAUAAAUAUCGGUCAGGGAAGGUCCUGAUGUAUAGCUUCAAAAAUGUCUGCCUUUUCAGUUUGUGCUUCCUAAUCCUUGUGUCUGCUGAGAACUUGAUGCAUUGGGAAAUUGAGUUAAAUACAGUGCUGUGGAAAAAG